UUAAUUUUAGGGUUUCAGCCGCCCAUAAAACCUUAUUAUCGCUCUCUAGUCUAUCGCUCCGCCACACGAUCAUCUUAUUCUUCUUUUCUCCUUUUUCCAGCAAUUUCGGUACAAUGUCGGAUGCUCAGGAAACUGAUAAGAACAUUGAAAUAUGGAAGAUUAAGAAGCUUAUAAAAGCACUUGAAGCUGCAAGAGGAAAUGGAACAAGCAUGAUUUCUCUGAUUAUGCCUCCACGUGAUCAAAUUUCCCGAGUCACGAAGAUGCUUGGUGAUGAAUUUGGAACUGCUUCAAAUAUUAAGAGCAGGGUGAAUCGUCAGUCUGUUUUAGGUGCCAUAACAUCUGCCCAGCAAAGGCUCAAGCUCUACAAUAAGGUCCCUCCCAAUGGACUUGUGCUCUACACUGGAACAAUAGUCACAGAUGACGGGAAAGAGAAGAAGGUUACAUUUGACUUCGAACCUUUCAGGCCUAUCAAUGCAUCUCUUUAUCUCUGUGAUAACAAGUUCCACACUGAACCUCUCAGUGAGCUGUUGGAAUCUGAUGACAAGUUUGGCUUUAUAGUUAUGGAUGGAAAUGGCACUCUUUUCGGGACGUUAAGUGGUAAUACUCGAGAGGUUUUGCACAAGUUCACUGUUGAUUUGCCCAAGAAACACGGAAGAGGAGGGCAAUCAGCUCUUCGGUUUGCUCGUCUUCGAAUGGAAAAGCGUCACAAUUAUGUUAGGAAGACUGCAGAGCUUGCAACUCAGUUCUACAUCAACCCUGCUACUAGUCAACCGAAUGUUUCUGGGCUUAUACUUGCUGGGUCUGCUGAUUUCAAAACCGAGCUCAGUCAAUCUGAUAUGUUUGACCAACGUCUUCAGGCAAAAAUCUUGAACGUGGUCGAUGUUUCCUAUGGGGGUGAAAAUGGUUUCAAUCAGGCUAUUGAGUUGUCUGCUGAAAUUCUGGCUAAUGUGAAGUUCAUACAAGAGAAACGUCUAAUUGGGAAGUACUUUGAGGAAAUAAGUCAGGAUACAGGAAAAUAUGUCUUUGGUGUCGAUGAUACUUUGAAAGCUUUGGACAUGGGUGCUGUGGAAAUCUUGAUUGUUUGGGAAAAUUUGGACAUUAGCCGAUAUGUUCUCAAGAAUAGCGCAACUGGUGAAAUCAUUAUAAAACAUUUGAGCAAGGAGCAAGACAAUGAUCAGAGUAAUUUCCGGGAUGCAGAGACUAAUGCUGAGCUGGAAGUUCAGGAAAAGAUGUCACUGCUUGAGUGGUUUGCCAACGAGUACAAAAAGUUUGGAUGCACGCUUGAGUUUGUCACAAAUAAAUCUCAAGAGGGGUCACAGUUUUGUAGAGGUUUUGGUGGAAUUGGCGGCGUUCUUCGUUACCAGCUUGACAUUCGUUCAUUUGAUGAGCUUUCUGAUGAUGGGGAAAAUUAUGAUACCGAAUAGCAAUCAGCCACUUUUCAAAUGCAUGUGCAGGGGGUGGAGGGUGGGGUCGAGCCAGAAUCAGGCACCAGUUCUCAAGCUUCUAUUCAAGUGCCUGGAAGUAGUCUCUGUUCAAGGAAUAUUUGCAAAGCUGAAACAAUUUGCGUGGGCGAGAGACCUUGCAGCACUCCCCUUUCUCAAGACAUUGCUUAAGAGCAUUUUCUUCAAGUUCCUCCCAUCCCUGCCUGACAGCAUUUGUGACCUGAUAAAAAGUCUUCAAAAAUACUAAAGAGUAAGAACUUCUGUGUGGAUUGCUUCAAAACAUGAUGACGGGUGUGAAUUAUGGAGUCUAUAUGCUUGUGUUUUCUAAAUAUUUUUUUUUAUCGUCAUUUUAGUUUUUUAUUUGCAAUGCCAGAUGCUUGAUUUUUGUCUGUUUUCUUGGUUUUAUGCCUGUGAUUGAUGAAUCAUGUUUAUAAGAUAUUCAUGUUAGCUUGAAAA